ACAUCCAACGAAACGACGUCGUGAGGAUCUACUUCAUAAACCCUACCGUGCUGGUCCUUCCCCAAACCCCCUUGUGUCUGUCAGUGCGCGUGAAAGAAGACCCAUGGAGAAAGGCGGAGGAGAAGCAGGUACAGCAAAUCCAAACCCCAAAGUAUGCGAAGAGUGCAGAGAGAAAGCAUCCAAGUACAAAUGCCCAGGCUGCUCCGUACGCUCCUGCAGCCUUCCGUGCGUUAAAGCUCACAAGCUUCGCACUGGCUGUACGGGCAAGAGGCCCCAAACGAGCUUCGUCCCCCUCUCUCAGAUCGACGACAAUCAGCUCCUUUCAGAUUACAAUUUGCUAGAGGAAGUGAAGAGGGUUGCUGAGUCUGCUCAGAGAUUGAGAAAUAAGUUGUGCAGAUACAAUAAUUUUAGGCUACCCUUUUACCUUAAAAGCCUUCGGAGUGCUGCUGCCAGUCGCAGGACAAAACUCUUAUUUCUACCAAGUGGAAUGUCAAAAAGGGAAAACCAAACUCGAUAUGAUCAAAGGAAGAAAUGCAUCUCCUGGACAAUUGAAUGGCGAUUUCAUUCAACGGAUGUUGUUUUAAUUGACCAUGAAGUAAAUGAAAACAUGAACAUCUGCUCUGUUAUUGAGAACCAUCUAAAACCUGGGCCAUGGAAUCAUCACCUAAAGCUAUUCUGUGAGGAACAGCUUGACUCUCUCAAGCUUUUCGUUCGUAAAUAUCCGAAGGGGGCUAGGUCACCUUUCUGUGAGUUGGAUGUAAGAGUUCCGAUAAGGCAGCAGUUAGCAAACUUAGUUAUUUUGGAAUACCCUGUCAUUUAUGUUUUUCUCCCUUCGCAGAGUCUUGAUUUUGAAGUAGUUAAAAAUUCCCCUCCUACUUUCGGCAAACCAGAGCUUAAGACUUAUGGAAGAAAUGAUUUGAGCGCAGGAGGUGUUCACUUUAAGGAGGAGGAAAUAGAAGAAGACAACAGCUAUCCUAAGGUCUUUGAUCUCAUGAAACAUGUGACUUCAAGUUCCCCACCUCAUAUCUCUAAUAAAAGGAGGUGCGAGAAACCACUCACUGAUUCAUUUGCUAGGCCUUUGUCUACAACUGUGGAAACUGGCAACGAUUCACAUUCCAGCUCCGAUGCUAAGAAGCAAGUGCUUUUUGAAGACAUGGACUUUGAUUUUGAUCAAGGCUUAAUAGAUGAGUACUCAGAUCUUAUGGCAGAAAUUAAUCCUGAUGAUUUUCUUGAUUUGGAAGGCGAAUUUAGCAAGGAAGGAGUAGCAGAAAGAAAUCUUUCGAGUGUCAGGAAGUUCUUAUUAGCAGAUGACGACAUAGAGGAGGGAGAAAUUUUAGAAUAAUUGGACUUGAUAGGAUUCCCCAAAAAAGGAAUUAGAAGAGGGAACUUUGAGUUAUUCUUUGUCUUAAGUAGCUAGUAACAACUGGCUAGAACCGUUUGAUUGCUUGAUUUGAGAUCUUAAGAGGCUUUCGUGUGUACCUAGGUUUUGUCCAUCUCCUACCGCAUGCCAAGUCGAUACUCUGGGGAUGCUUUACUGGCAAUACAAUUACAAUCACGGUCCAAAUAGGACUGGAGUCCAGUUUCUUCAGCUUGGCGCAAUUAAGAAGUUGGAUAUCCUUGCAUCGGUUUAUUCAGACAAAUCUAAUGCUCCUGGCAAUUUGUCGCUAUGCGGUAUGGCUCCGAUAUACACUGAUUUGAGGAUGAUGUAUGUGUAAUAUUUGUUGCAAUGUCCUUUCUUUCCCCAAUUUACUUGAAGCAAAAGCUAUUGUACAAUUAUAUUUUUUUGACAAAAUAUUAUUGCCUUGUAGUAGUA